AUGGCGUGCGCCAAGCUCUCCACGCGCGCGAUCGCGUUCGACGUCCGCGCGUCGACGACGAACGCGCCCGAGGUCGACGGCAUCGCGUGCGACGUCGUGUGGACCCAAGGAACGAUCGCGAGGGACGACGGGACGACGUGUUGGGUGGAGGAUGACGGCGUCGAGGUGCGCGCGAGGCGAAAGACGGGCGCGGUGGACGUCGCGCGGCACGGCGCGUACGCGUGCGUGCGAGGAAGACUCGUGCGCGAGAGUGGGAGGUGGACGAUCGUGGACGCGGUCGUCGUGGGGUGCGAGGACGAGGGACGGCGAAGAACGUGGCGGGACGAGACGGAGGAGUCGCGCGCGGCGAGACGCGCGUUUCUCGGCGCGUCAGCGAUGGCGUGA